UCUGGUCGCCGUCCGCCCCCAGCGCAGCAGCAGGAACCGAAGUCGCUGCCGCCUGGGUCGCUGGUCGCCCGCGCGCUGUCUCGGCCGGUCCCGCAGCCAUGGAGGACUUCAUCGUGAUCUCGGACGACAGCGACUCGGAGAGCUCCGGGGGAACCCGCUCGGGCCGGGCGCGGAGGCUCCGCCGGGCCCUGUCCCGGACCCCCGGCGCGCUGCCUCGCCGGACUGUGGAUAAGUUCCUCUUAGAAGUGAGAUUGCUGAGUCUAAAGGACGUCAUUGACUUAACUAGAGAGACCAGACCAAGGGCAAAGGAUCGCAGUGGACUCUGUGUGAUUGACCUGACAGGAUCUGAAGAAGAAAAUAGACCUAUUGCCACUCUUGACUUGACUCUAGAACCUGUUGCUCCUUCCCAGAAAGAGCCAGCCAGUCUUCAAGCAUGUGCCAGCCUCUCCAGCAAAGAGAUAACUGAAGGGUGGAUGGACAGAAGCUCUAGGCCUGCAGCACGGAGAAUCAUCAACAGUGAUCCUGUGGAUUUGGACCUUUUGGAAGAAACUGCAUUCGAAGGUCCCCAGCUGCCCAUGUCUACCAGUGGGGACUCUUUUUACCCAGUAGAGCCAAACUGUAGCUCAACCAUAUUCAAAGGUGACCUCAGCUUCUUGGCAAACCUACAACCCUCUUCAAAUAUUCACUCCCUCCCCCAAACCAGCAAUAAUAGUAGCAGUAGCAAUCAAAGGAUAGCCCUGCCAUGCCCACAGCAAGAUGUGCCAUACCCACCACAAGCCUUGCCAUGCCCACUGCGAGCCUCACCAUGUCCACCUCGAGCCUCCUCAUGCCCACCGCGAGCCUUGUCAUGCCCAUCACAAACCAUGCAGUACCAGCUACAAACUUUCCCUCGCCUGCCUCAAGAAGAGCCAUGUCCUCCUCAAGACAUGCCCUGCCCUCAGAAUGUGCCAGGCCCCCAGCAGGAUAUGCUAGGUCCACCUCAUGAUUCAUCAUGGCAUCCUCAGCGCUCAGCAAGCCCACCUCAACACUCACUGGGCCUACCUCAAGAUGUACCAGGUCCACCUCAGAAUACAUCAUGUCUGGAAGAUGUGGCCCAUCUGCAGGACAUGCCACAGUCCCUGGGAGACAUGCCACAGACACCACAAGAUACACCGCAGUCAUCAGGAGACAUGCCGCAGUCACCAAGAGACAUGCCCCCGUCCCUGGUCAGCAUGCUACAGCCACCAGCAGAUACAUCACAGUCACCCGUCAACACACCACCGUCACCAGGACAUGCGCCAGCGUUACCAGGAGAUGCACCACCGUCACUAGCAAGUGUACCACAUUCAUCUAGAGACGUCGCACGCUUAUCAGGAAACGUGCUGCAUUCACCUGGGGACAUGUCAUGCUUGUUGGAAGACAUGCCACCCACAGUUGGACCUCAUUUACCAAAAAUCAGGCCUGCCUCUCCCCAGAACCACAUACAGAACCAUGACACCCCUAUGGAUGUCUCGGCUCCAUCCUCUCCAAGCUCCUCUCCCAGCCCACAGUCCCCAGAGUUUGAGACUUCCUUAGAGAAAGUUCCUUGGAUCUCUGCCACAGAAAAUCCAGCCAGAAAAGAGAGAUCGUUGUCAGAGCCUGUCAACCCCGGGUGUGCCCUGAUGCAGGCACAGAUACCGCAAGGCGGGUUGUACAACAGACCAUGCCUACAUAGACUGAAGUACUUCUUACGCCCUCCGGUGCAUCACCUCUUCUUCCAGACACUAAUACCAGAUAAAGACACAAGAGAGAACAAGGGUCAAAAGUUAGAGCCUAUCCCUCACCGCAGAUUAAGGAUGGUAGCAAGCACCAUUGAGGAGAACUUCCCGCUGGGGACUGUGCAGUUCCUGAUGGACUUCGUAUCGCCCCAGCACUACCCGCCCCGAGAGAUUGUGGCUCACAUCAUCCAGAAAAUCCUGCUCAGUGGCUCCGAGACUGUGGGUGUGCUCAAGGAGGCCUACAUGCUUCUCAUGAAAAUCCAACAGCUACAUCCAGCUAAUGCCAAGACGGUGGAGUGGGACUGGAAGCUGCUCGCUUAUGUCAUGGAGGAAGAGGGACAAAACCUGCCCGGGCGAGUCUUCUUUCUGCGUUACGUCGUACAGACCCUGGAAGAUGAUUUCCAGCAGAUCCUGAGGCGGCAGCGACAGCACCUGCAGCAAGCCAUUGCAAGCACCGUGCUGUCCUGCGACAAGCAGCCCCACAAUGUCAGGGAUGUCAUCAAGUGGUUGAUCAGAGCAGUAACUGAAGACAGAUUAAUCCAGCCCCCAAAUGAGAAUCAGACCUCUCCAGGAAAAGGAAUCUUGAAGACCAGCAGUAGCCACCCUUCCUCCCAACCUAACCUGACAAAGAACGCCAAUCAGCUGAUUGUGUGCCAGCUCCAGAGGAUGCUGUCUAUUGCUGUCGAGGUGGACAGGACCCCCACGUGCAGCUCCAAUAAAAUUGCCGAAAUGAUGUUUGGGUUUGUGCUGGACAUUCCUGAGAGGAGUCAGAGAGAGAUGUUCUUUACUACCAUGGAAAGCCACCUUCUACGCUGCAAAGUGCUGGAAAUCAUAUUUCUCCACAGCUGUGAGACGCCCACCCGCCUCCCCUUGUCUCUGGCCCAGGCCCUCUAUUUCCUGAACAAUUCAACAUCACUGCUCAAGUGUCAGUCGGAUAAAACCCAGUGGCAGAAAUGGGAUGAGCUGGUCGAGCACCUGCAGUUUCUGUUGUCCAGUUACCAGCAUGUUUUAAGAGAGCACUUGCGGAGCUCAGUGAUUGACCGGAAAGACUUAAUAAUCAAAAGAAUCAAGCCCAAGCCCCAGCAGGGGGACGACAUCUCGGUGGUGGACGUGGAGAAGCAGAUCGAGGCCUUCCGCAGCCGCCUGGUCCACAUGCUGGGGGAGCCGCUCGUCCCGCAGCUGCAGGACAAGGUGCACCUCCUCAAGCUCCUGCUCUUCUUUGCCGCAGACCUGAACCCCGACUCGGAGGCCUCCCCGUAGGCCCGGAGCAGCCCAAGGCCGCCCGAGGCCCUCAACACCAAGAAUACCUCCUGAACUCCACCUCCAGCUGCUUGGAGGUCCCAGAAGCAUAGAAAGUAGUUUAAAAUCUAACAGGACCAAACCUACCUUAUUUAUCUGUAGGCUGUGAGAACUUUCUAACUCUUUAGUAAACAUCUUUUUUUUAACAACCCUGUCCUAGCCUCUUCUCAGAUAUGACUUAAAUACAUACAGUGUAUAUAUUUUUUAAUAAAUUAUUUAUGUAUACCUUUUUUGAAACAGGUAGUACUGUAUGCACUAUAUGUUUAACAUUUCCAUUCAGGAUGUGAAAAAAAGAAUCCUUGUGCUGAACAAAUUCUAGACGUCAAUGUUAUGUCAUUCAAGGUACUGAGAACCUGUUUCGAAAGAUGUUUGUCUCCCUAAUGGAAAACAAACAUCCCAUAUUGGACCUGUGAUAUUGCCUAUGAAUUUGUGGCCAGUCUAUUAAGACCUAAUGUAAUGAAGGGGGAUAGAAACAAAAAACUACUGAGUGUGCUGCAAAAAAAUUGAUGUUAAAAGGAUACAAUAAAAAGGCA